AUGGAAAAGCUUGUCGAACAGAUACUGAACGGGCAACCAGUAACACAUGAAACAACAGACAAGUUCAAGGAAAACAUUCUUAAAAAAGCCAAAGUUAUCGUUUCGACUUUGAAUUACACAGCGAAUAACACACUUCUAUUAGUUAAAAAGAAAAAAAUGGUUAAAUUUAUCAUUGUUGACGAAGCUUGCCAAAGUCUUGAAGCUGAUUGUCUUUUAUCAUUCUAUUUCAAUUGUUAUAAGAUCAUACUUGUUGGUGAUCCUAAACAACUUCCUCCGUGCGUUAUUAGUAUCGCUGGUCAAAGACAUAAUCUUUCGCAGUCAUUAUAUACUCGACUUGCUUCUAAAAUUCAUCAAACAAGUAUCACUUUACUCACUAGACAAUAUCGUAUGCAUGAAGAUAUAUGCAAAUUUCCAAGCGCUCAUUUCUAUGAUGAUCGACUUAUAACAGAUAAAAGCACAAGAAAUUAUUGGCUUGACUACCCUCUCGAACCGUAUUACUUGUACAAUUUAACAUAUACAGAACAUGAGUGUCCACCCAAUGGUGGAUCAUCAUACAACAAAGAAGAACGAAUUUUUAUUAAAUCAUUCUGCAUCAAAAUUAUUGAGCGUCUGAUUGGAGGUCAAUCAUAUGUUAGAAAUGAUAGUAAAUGUAUCGAAAUGGAAAAGCGUAUGAUCGUUAUCACGCCAUACAAAAACCAGAUGAAAAAUUUUCGUGACAGACAACUGGAAUUUCCGCGUCAUAUAGAAGUCAUAACUGUGGAUAGUGCACAGGGUAAAGAAAAAGAUAUUGUUCUCAUAUCAUGUGUUAGAAGCAUACGAAAUGGUGAUAUAGGUACAAUUGGAUUUUUGAAAGACCAGCAUCGUCUAAAUGUUAUGUUGACGAGAGCGCGUCGUGCUUUAUAUAUAUUUGGUAAUUUAACCUGGUUAGCCGAGAAUAACUCUAACUGGAAUGCAUUGGUCGAUGAUGCUACGAAUCGACAAGUUAUUGACACUAUAUAUAAUGCUGAUCAGAGACCGACUUUACCUGAGUGA